GUGACGCGGCUCCGCGGCGGAGGGAGCGUACGCUGCGAGUUCCGAGGGGCGCGGCGGCGGCGGCUGCGACAAUGAGUUUCCUUGGAGGCUUUUUCGGUCCCAUUUGUGAGAUCGAUGUUGUCCUUAAUGAUGGGGAGACCAGGAAAAUGGCCGAAAUGAAAACUGAAGAUGGCAAAAUAGAAAAACAUUUCCUCUUCUAUGAUGGAGAGUCUGUUUCAGGAAAGGUAAACCUAGCCUUUAAGCAACCUGGAAAGAGGCUAGAGCAUCAAGGAAUUAGAAUUGAAUUUGUAGGUCAAAUUGAACUUUUCAAUGACAAGAGUAAUACUCACGAAUUUGUAAACCUAGUGAAAGAACUAGCCUUACCUGGAGAGCUGACUCAGAGCCGAAGUUAUGAUUUUGAAUUUAUGCAAGUUGAAAAGCCAUAUGAAUCAUACAUCGGGGCCAAUGUCCGCUUGAGGUAUUUUCUUAAGGUGACUAUCGUGAGAAGACUGACGGACAUGGUGAAAGAGUAUGAUCUCAUUGUUCACCAGCUUGCCACCUAUCCUGAUGUUAACAACUCUAUUAAGAUGGAAGUGGGCAUUGAAGACUGUCUACAUAUAGAGUUUGAGUAUAACAAAUCAAAGUAUCAUUUAAAGGAUGUGAUUGUUGGGAAAAUUUAUUUCUUACUAGUAAGAAUAAAAAUUCAACACAUGGAGUUGCAACUGAUCAAAAAAGAGAUCACAGGAAUUGGACCAAGCACCACAACGGAGACAGAAACAAUCGCCAAAUACGAAAUCAUGGAUGGUGCCCCAGUAAAAGGUGAAUCUAUUCCAAUAAGACUGUUCUUAGCAGGCUACGACCCGACUCCAACAAUGAGAGAUGUGAACAAAAAGUUUUCGGUCAGGUACUUCUUGAACCUCGUGCUUGUUGACGAGGAAGACAGAAGGUACUUCAAGCAGCAGGAGAUCAUCUUAUGGAGAAAAGCCCCUGAGAAGCUGCGGAAACAGAGAACCAACUUUCACCAGCGAUUUGAGUCACCAGACUCGCAGGCGUCUGCUGAGCAGCCUGAAAUGUGAACUGAAUGGAAAGAGAAACUGUUCCCUUGAAGCCAGCGGGAGAGCUGGCUGCAGCGUGCAGGGGCGGCCGGGGCCCCAUCCAUGGCAGUCUUCCUUGAUCUGGUGGGGCUGCGCGUGUUUCCAGCCUAAUUACCGUUCUUCAUGUACACACCUUUUUAAAAGUGCUUGCUUUGAGACACUGGACCUUCUUACGCUGCCUUUUUUUGUGUGCACUGAUGACGUGCUCAGACGCAUUGGCAUAAGCAUUAAAGAUCUUCAUGUGUGUAGGCUGAUCCUGUGAUGUUGCUUCUUCCUGCGUGAUGGUGAAAGUCCUUUUCCUUUUUAUGCUAGUGAUUACCUCCUUUUCUCUACAUGCAAAAAUUAAAUAUUUUGUGUUAAAAUUGGAAAACCCGAGUGGCCCUUGUAUCCUGCAGAUAUUCAAAACAUGGUUUCUCUAUUUUUUGAGACUUAAACAUGUUUUAGCAAUUCGUUUCUGAAAUGAGCAUACAAUGUCCCACUGCAGGUCCAUUUUGUGGCUUCAAAGUCUUCGCAGGCAUAUAUUAAAUUCCCCCCCAAGGACUUACGAGGAAUGUCCUCUUGCUUCCCUGCUUCCUUAAUAACUGUUUUAUUACUACCUUGUGUGUUCUGCUAUGUGGAGUUAACGUAUGUUGGCAUUUUAGAACUUGUUAAAACUAUACCAUUUUUCCUUAAAUACUUUAAGACGUAUGUGUAUAUAUAUUUUUAUAAUUUGAGGAAUCUUUGCCAUAUGUAUGCAAAUCUCAUUCUCUUUACAGAUUUAUUCAGUUUUCAGUAGAAAACUUAAGGGAUGGGAAGAUUCAGGAGGAAUGUCGAAACACAUGUAGUUAUUCAAAUCUGGACCAUUUUAUAUUUGUUAACUGAAGUUUGGCUAGUUCAAACUCACAUUUAAACAUUACCUAGUGAUUUUAUUUAGGACAACAACAACACUAAAUUCAACAGUCUCUAAAAAGUUUGUCGCCAUCUGUCUCUCCACGUGUGGGGCCUGAGCACUGAUCCGCUGAACGGAACAUGAGCCCGGGACAAAGGCGCCCUGUGGAUGCUUCCUUCACUUUGCUUCAUUGGGUUUGUACCAGUAUCUAUCUGUUCAUGCACUUCACUGCAGUUUUGUCAGCUAACCUUCCCUUAUGAGUAAGCAAAACAACCCAAAUCACAUUUCCUUCAGCCUGUUUUACUACUAUGGCACUUUGAUACAAUGGCCAGUCACCACCUCCUGCACUGGCCACAGGUUCUGUAUUCUGCUACUGGAGCCGCCGGUUUCCACACGGACCCCUACAAGGGGCAGUGCUCGCCUCACUGAAGUGCCUGUUCAGGGUGUCGGAAACUGAAAAUGCCAAAUAUUUUCAUGGUCACUUGCAUGUAGUCAUCCAGAAGAGAUCCAGAGAGAUUUUGAAGACCCAACUGUAUUUAACCAGCCUCGAGUUGUGCAUCAAUGAUAUAAUAAAGACUUUGAAACAAAAACUGAA